GAUCGACCUGGACGACAAGGGCCUACGAGCUCCACACCGCACACACAUCCAACAACCUCUACCUGUUCGCUGCUGGCGACGCAUAUGAGCUGAAGGCCAAGCUCAGCCAGACCUGGGAGCUGCAGCCGACGUAUCCGCAGAUCCGUGCCCGCCUGAAGGAGGUUCUGGCCUGGGAUGAGCGCGGCGCAUUCCGAGGCGUUGAGUUUGAGCAGAUGCUUGACGAUGCACAAGAGCCCAGGAGAGGUUACCGAUGACACAUUGCUGCGACACGUGCAGGCUAGCAGAAAGCUGUGCAGGAGGGUGCUGGCUGAGAUUCCGGCAUUCCGCGAGUCCGGCUACUGGCCACUGGCGCGUGCUAGAUGCUGGCUACUGUAUGGAGCUACUGCGGACUUGUACUGGCCACGCAGAUUGAGCGUGGGUGGCCACGGGACAAAGUUGACGCGCAAAUGGUCUUCAGUGCGCUAUGCAGCGAACCAGGCAACGAGCAGCUGCUGUUUGAAGCGGUUCGACGCGGUGCUGGCCAGAUUUGGGACCUGCUCUGCCCCAGCAGUCUACACGAUUGACGGCACCAAGGUGGCAAAGUAUCUGGCCGAGCAGAUCUUUGUGGCUGAGCAAAUGCGCCCGUGGCCGGCCGCCGAGUUCCUAAAAGCAAUGCACGCUGCUAUGCCGCCACAUCUGACAGAAUUUAUUGGCGCGCCAGAGCACUGGUCCAGCAAGAGUGUCCCAGACUCGAUAGUAAGGGAAAUGGCGUAUGUGACUGCUGGUGCUGAGAGCCAGAUGCUGCACACCACUCAUGGCGUCACGUACCGGUCUGUUACACUGAACCCGCUAUUCCGCAGUGCCUUGCCGCAUGAGCCACGGGUGCGGAUGCAAAAAGCUGUUUAG